UCUUACUUGGGUUUGAUGAAUCUUGAUUGAUGAACAAUGGGUUGUGUUGUGAAGUGCGUUUUCAUGAUUGUGAUUGCUAAUUCACUGUUGAAUGCAGCAGAGAGCUUCAAUGUAGAAGAGCUUGAGAGAGUUUCAGGGGAAGAUGAGAGUGGAGGAAAUAGACCUUUAAUUCUGGAGAGAUUCAGAGCUCUACUUGGACUCAAUCAAAGCCCAUCAGAUCUGUCGCCUUCGCCGUCUCCAUCACCGGACGAGGCAGCUCGUCCAGUGCACACUCAUAAACAUUCCCGCCCUCAUCAGCUUCGCUUGCACAAUAGCCGACCAGUCUACAAAUCUAAAAGACAUGAAGAUGCAAGAAAAAGAGUCAGAAAAAUUCUUGUUGCAGUUCUUGUGUCUACAGGAAUCACCAUUUUGAUAUGCACUAUUGUUGCCUUCUGGGUCUGCAAGAAGUUUAAAAUUCGAACAGAGGAACCCGCAGAGAAGCUUUCUAUAACGAGUGAAACAGGAGAGAAGACAGCCAAACAAAAAUCUGGGUUUGAUCUGUUCGAUCUCAGUACGCAUGGAAUGGAUGUUGAAGAACACAGUGUUUCCUCAUCUGGGGAGAGAGUUACUCCUGUUAAAUCUUGUUCGUCUGAUGAGGAGGAAUCGUUCCAUUCUUGUGGGGAUCCCAAUUUGUCGAAUGUUCGUCUUUCAAAUGCUUCUGAAUCUUCUUCAGCUAAUGUGAAAACAAAUUCUAAUUCUUCAGAACCUAACAAACCAUUAACUUCUGACCAGUUGCAUCUGACCAGUUCUCCAUGUAAUUCAGAAACCAAGGAUGUCCCAUCUCUAGCUCCGCCUCCACCACCGCCGCCGCCGCCGCCGCUGCGACCAUCUCCGGUUACUUAUCGCAGUUCAUUUUCCCUCUCUUCACCCUUUUCAACUGGAUCCACCUCUUCUUCUGCAUUGCUAAGAUCAUCAUCUCCUGCAAUGUCAGAUUCUUCUACGUUAUCUCAAAUACCGUGGAAUGAUCUGCCAUCACCUCCAAACAUUGCUAAACCUUCACUACCAUCAUCUACUAUUCCUCCACCCCCUUGUCCACCGCCAAGUUUGAAAGAAAACGCUUGUUCUUUCAAAGCCCCACCUCCUCCUCCUUCCAAGCUCCCUCAAUUCGUGGCAUUUGGAAAAGAGGGAAAUCUGCUGCCGAAACUUAAGCCUCUCCACUGGGACAAAGUAAGAGCUGCACCAGAUCGAUCAAUGGUGUGGGACAAGCUAAGAUGGAGUUCAUUUGAGCUAGAUGAAGAAAUGAUUGAGUCACUAUUCGGCUACAACCAAUAUGGUUCAAUGAAGAAUGGUGAUGCUAGCAACAAAACCCCUUCUCCAAGCAAGCAUGUACUAGAGGCUAAGAGACUUCAGAACCUAACCAUACUCUUAAAAGCCCUGAAUCUCUCCGCAGAACAAGCUUGUGAAGCCAUAGAACAAGGGACGGGGUUGCGUUUAAGACAACUUGAAGCACUGGUAAAGAUGGUACCAACACAGGAAGAACAGGCCAAAUUGUUAAGCUAUGAAGGAGACAUCGGUGAAUAUGGGUGCACAGAGAAGUUUGUGAUAGCAAUUCUGAGAAUACCAUUCGCCUUCCAACGAGUGGAAGCCAUGCUCUACAGAGAAACUUUUGAAGAUGAAGUAAAUCAUCUCCGGAAUUCGUUUUCAAUGCUAGAGGAGGCUUGCAAGGAACUAAGAUCCAGCAGGCUUUUCCUGAAACUACUUGAAGCCGUGCUCAAAACAGGGAACCGAAUGAACGUGGGAACAAGCAGAGGAGGCGCAAAAGCAUUCAAACUAGACGCACUCCUAAGACUCUCCGACGUCAAAGGAACCGACGGAAAAACCUCCCUCCUCCAUUUCGUGGUCCAAGAAAUAAUCCGAUCAGAAGGAAUCCGAGUCUCCGGUAGCAUAAUGGGGAAAAUCAGCCAAAAGAACAAAUCGAGAACAAUCGAAGAAAGAGAAAACGAUUACCGAAGAAUGGGAUUAGAUCUGGUCUCAGGCUUGAGCACCGAAUUACACAACGUUAAGCGAGCGGCGACGACCGAUCUGAAAGUUCUGGCGAGCGCCACAGCGAAUCUGAACGAGGGAAUGGCGAAAUUGCAAGAACUGGUGUUGAAGGAACUGUGUGGAGAUGAAGGGAGUGGGAACUUCGUGAGCGCGAUGAAAGGGUUCUUGAGCUACGUGAAGAAGACGAUGGAGUUGGUGAGGAAGGACGAGGAAGGGGUGAUGGGGAGCGUGAGAGAGAUCACAGAGUACUUCCAUGGAAAUGUGAGCAAAGAAGAGACGAAUCCGCUGAGGAUUUUUGUGAUUGUGAGAGAUUUUUUGGGAAUGUUGGACAAUGUGUGUAAAAGCUUCAAGAUCGGAAGUUGAUUCAUUGAUUGAGAGAA